AUGCACGAAGUGGCUGCACUUCCUGAACCGCUACGAGGUGAGUCGGAGCGUGGAGAACGCGCUGAUCCACGACGUGAAGGCGAGGGUUCUGCUGGAUCUGCGCGGAGUGCGGUACAUCGACUGCAGCGCCAUGAUCACCGUGCAGGCGCUGUGGAAGAGUUUCAAUCGGCAUGGACCGAGGUUCUUCGUGCUGGUGGAGGGAAGCUAUGUGCCCACCAAGUUCCAGCUGUAUGGAAUGGAGGAGGUCAAGACCGUCGAAAGUGUGGAGGUACCCUUGUUGUAGGGGGUACUCGCACGUUUGGAAUGUGGUUCCAUUUAUUUUGUUUGUUUGAGAUAUGUUGUGUGCUUCGAGAAGGUUGUCGUAGAAAAGCCUUUGGGCUGUCGAAACGCUGCUUCUCUGCGACCGCCGCUCCCUUCGUGGCUAGCAAUCAUCCGCGACGGAGUGUUUUGUAUAUGCCGGGAUCGAAUGCGCGAGCUAUGGAGAAAGGAAAGACCUUGGCUGCAGAUGGACUGAUUCUCGAUUUAGAAGAUGCGGUUGCCAUCAACAAGAAAGAGGAAGCUCGUAAAAUGGUGAAUGAGCAAGUGAGAAAGGGAGGCUAUGGACUGCGUGAGAUUUGCAUCCGUAUUAAUAGUCUGGAUACGCCUUGGGGUGAAGAUGAUCUCCGUCUUGUUGCCACGAGUGGAUGCAACGCGAUUGCACUGCCCAAAGUGGAACGAGCGGAUCAAAUCGAACGCGUAAAUGCAAUUCUCAAUGAGUGCGGAGCGGAUCCCAAGACUGAGAUCUGGAGUCUGAUCGAAACUCCUCGAGGUAUUCUGAAUGCGGACGAGAUUUGUGGCUGUCUUCCUCGAAACAGCUGCAUCAUCAUGGGAACGAGCGACCUCUCGAAGGAGCUGAACGUGACGAGUCGUCGCGCGCUGCAGCUCUCUCUGCAAAUGGUGGUGCUGGCCGCGAAAAAGUACGGCAAAGUGGUGUUGGACGGCGUGUAUCUGAACGUCCGCGAUCUCGAGGGCUUCGAGAAGGAGUGCUGGGAGGGGAAGGAGUUCGGGUUCGACGGGAAAACGCUGAUUCAUCCGUCGACGAUCGAGUUGGCCAAUCGGAUUUUCGCGCCUUCCGCGACGGAGGUGGAGGACGCGAAGAACAUCAUUGCUUGCUUUGAGGAGGCCGAGCGGUCCGGAAAAGGCGUUGUGACGUAUAAAGGGAAAUUGGUGGAAAACCUGCAUGUGGUGAUGGCUCAGAAAGUCGUGCAGCAGCAUGAGCUGAUCGAGAAAAUGAAGGGGAAUUAAUGGAUAUUUAGUCUAG